AUGGCCUGUCUGAAAAAUGCCAUCUCAAAAAAGAAGGCAUUGAGGGGAGAUAAGACCGUGGUACUGACCAAGGAAUGUAGCACCCUUGUCCAAAAGAAGCUGCCUCCAAGAUGCCCAGAUCCCAGAAACUUCUUGAUUCCUUGUACUAUAGGCACCAUCACUUUUGCAAAGGCAAUGUUCGACCUUGGCUCCAGCAUUAACCUUAUGCCUCUCUCUGUGAUGAAGAAGUUGGGGAUUCAAGAAGUGCAAGCCACCGAGAUCUCACAUGAGAUGGCGGAUAAGUCCCUGAAACGGGCAUAUGGCAUGGUGGAAAAUAUCCUUGUAUAG